AUGGAUAAUGAAUCUUUGAAGCAGUUGGGUAGAUAUCAUCCAAAGCAUCCAGAGCCAAAGACAAAAGUUGAAUUUUUUGGUUUCAUUAAAGACAAAAACUAUCAAGAUCCAGAUCCAGUCAAUCAUCAGAACCAGAGGAAUGAGGAAGAGAUGAAAGAAGCUGGUUAUGCUGAUGAAUUGAAAAUUCUUGAAAAGUUCAAAGAUUCAAGGAAUGAAUGGUUUGUGAAAGAGGAGAAAAAGAAGAAAAGCAGAAAAUCAACUCCACGAGUUCAAGCUAAGGAGGGUUCUUCAUCACAACCUAAGAAACGUCAAAAGAAGAAUGUGGAAACUAUGUUGGUCGAUGAACCAGAUGAAGAAGAACCAGUGACAAAUGUUGAAGGAAAUCAGGAAUCUGAUAUUGAUGAUGUGUUGAAAAACAUUGAUUAUAACUUGGAAGCAGAUAAGGUAGUUGAUGAAGGAGUUGGUGUUGAUGAAGAUAAGAGUUCUUCUAGUUCUGAAUCUAAAGUUGAUGAAACAGAGCGUAUGAGGAGAAUUCAAGCUGAAAUUGCAAAAGAAAAGCAGCUUAAAAGAAAGAGAAGAGAGGAGAAAGAUGAUGAUGUGUAUGUUCCAUCUCCUGAACAUGUGACAGAAUCUCAAACGCCUCCAUCUGGUGGUAGAAAGAAAGCAAGUGCUAGGAAGAAUGUAGUUUCUCCAAGAGCUGUAAGAAAGAAAUUGAUUUUGAGGUUACCUAAACGUACACCAAAAGCAAAACAAAGUCAACCACCAUCAUCACUACCUGAACCAUCACCACAUCAAUCACCUCCAAAACAACCUACACCACCAAGACAACCAAUACCACAUCAAUCACCAUUUCAUCUAUCACCACUACAUCAAUCACCACCACAUUUAUCACCUCCACACCAAACACCUAUCCAAGAACACCGUAUUCUUACUUCUCAACAAAUUUUUCAAACACCACCACCCACUCAACCACAUGUACAACUCACUCCCGGAUCUUCAGGAUUAAACAUUUUCCAAGUGUUCCAGGGAAUAUUGGUCUUGAUGAGAUUGGAGAUUUCGGAUUUGCAAAUGAUGAGCAAGUAA